AUGCUUCCGUCUAUCUUUUACUACCUCUUUGCAGCUCUGGGCGUAUCGACUGUCCAGGCCAAACAGUCCUUCUCCAACACCGGUACAAAAUCUGGCUGGAACGACUUUACGCAUGAUCAUCUCGGCAAGGUCGAGGAAGUGAAAGACGUUUUUUACAAAGGCCCUACAGCUCUCCGAAUGACUCAGAUUCACGACGAUAAAUGGAAGGGGCGAUAUCAUUCCGAGGCGGUCAAGAAAGCCGCGUAUAAAAAGGGAGACACCGGCUUCUAUGGUUUCGCGUUUCAGCUGCCAAAGAACUGGGAGUUCACCAAGGAUGUUGGCUUCAACCUGGCCCAGUUCAUCACGGAUUUCUCGGACCUCGGCUGCGGCGAGAAGGGUAUGCCGUCCACCAUGAUUGCAAUCGAGGAGGACCAGCUCUCGGCACGCGUCAAGUACGGGAGCGUCUGUCCGACUAGUGCGCAGAAGACGACCAAGUGGUCCAAACUCGCCACCGUCAAGCCCGGGGUCUGGCACACCGUCGUCAUCCAGGCGAGCUGGAAGAGCGACGACUCGGGUUUCUUCAGGAUGUGGUUUGACGGCAAGCAAGUGCGCAACGAGGAGGGCAUCAAGACCACGGUGAGCGAUGGGCGCGCGUUCGACUUCAGGGUCGGCUUGUACGCCAAUCACUGGUUUGAUCACGGGUAUUCGGGGAACCAGCCAACGCGGCAGGUGUACUACGAUCAGAUUGCCAUCGGCUCUACCAUGGACGACGCCGACCCAAGCAAAUGGUGA